GCCUUCAGCGCCGUUCAUCUCGACAUUUCUGCAGGCCGCCGAGAGAAAAUUCAGGAAAAAAUAGCGGAAGCACCGGAGAAGGAGAAGAAGUGAUCCGAAAGCUUCUACUGUACUUCAAUUUCGAAUAAGAGAUUUGACUAAAGUUUGUUGCAUCAUCCCAUCAGAAUGAAGCUGCUCACCGCCGGAUUAUUGUCGGGGGCCUCAAGGUCCCUCAGGCCGUCCUUCGUGCCCUCCAGAUUAAGCUCGGACAAGGUCAAGGGUGCUGUGAUUGGCAUCGACUUGGGCACCACAAACUCGUGCGUCGCCGUCAUGGAGGGCAACGUCGCUAAGGUCAUCGAAAACGCCGAGGGCAACAGGACGACUCCUUCCACGGUUGCAUUCACUAAGGACGGAGAACGUCUUGUUGGAGCUCCGGCAAAGCGUCAAGCCGUGACCAACCCUGGCAACACUUUCUAUGCCACCAAGCGUUUGAUUGGGCGACGCUUUGAAGAUGCCGAGGUCAAGAAGGACAUGAACACUGUUUCCUACAAAAUUGUUAAGGCUUCGAACGGAGACGCAUGGGUCGAGGGAACCGACGGCAAACGCUACUCCCCGAGCCAAAUCGGCGCUUUCACCCUUAUGAAGAUGAAGGAGACGGCUGACGCCUACCUGGGCCAGCCAGUGAAGAACGCUGUGGUGACCGUGCCAGCCUACUUCAACGACAGCCAGCGCCAGGCGACCAAAGACGCUGGCCAGAUUGCAGGACUAAAUGUUCUCAGGGUCAUUAACGAACCCACGGCGGCGGCUCUUGCUUACGGAAUGGACAAGACUGAUGAUAAAAUUAUUGCUGUUUAUGAUUUGGGAGGCGGAACAUUCGACAUAUCCAUUCUCGAAAUUCAGAAGGGAGUGUUUGAAGUGAAGUCGACUAAUGGAGACACAUUCCUUGGUGGUGAAGAUUUUGACAACGUUUUGGUCAAGUUUCUGGCUGGCGAGUUCAAGAAGGAGUCCGGACUUGACGUCAGCAAGGACAUCAUGGCAAUGCAGCGUGUCAGGGAAGCUGCGGAGAAGGCCAAAAUUGAGCUGUCAAGCUCACUGCAGACCGACAUCAACUUGCCCUACCUCACCAUGGACCAAUCGGGUCCAAAACAUUUGAGCCUGAAGCUCACCAGAUCCAAGUUGGAGAACCUAGUUGAUGGUCUGAUCAAGAGGACCGUGGCCCCUUGCAACAAGGCCCUCUCCGACGCUGAGGUCACCAAGAAGGACAUUGGCGAGGUGCUGCUUGUUGGAGGCAUGACCCGCAUGCCCAAGGUGCAGAGCACGGUGCAGGAAAUCUUCGGCCGCGUGCCCAGUCACGCCGUCAACCCUGACGAGGCCGUGGCCAUGGGAGCUGCCAUCCAGGGCGGUGUCCUUGCCGGAAAUGUUACUGAUGUUCUUCUGCUCGACGUUACACCUCUUUCUCUUGGUAUUGAAACUCUAGGUGGAGUCUUCACCAAGCUCAUCACCAGAAACACCACCAUUCCCACAAAGAAGAGCCAAGUCUUCUCAACAGCUGCCGAUGGUCAGACCCAGGUGGAAAUAAAAGUAAUGCAGGGUGAGCGUGAAAUGGCAACAGACAACAAGUUGCUGGGCCAGUUUACACUUGUUGGCAUUCCGCCUGCACCUCGUGGUGUCCCCCAAAUUGAGGUCACCUUCGACAUUGACGCUAAUGGCAUUGUCCACGUUUCCGCCAGAGAUAAGGGAACUGGAAAGGAACAGCAAAUUGUUAUUCAGUCUUCUGGUGGUUUGAGCAAGGACGAAAUCGAAAACAUGGUCAAGAGAGCCGAACAGUUUGCCGAGGAGGACAAGAAGAGGAAAGAGCGCGUCGAACAGGUGAACCAGGCUGAGGCAAUUCUGCACGACACCGAGACCAAGAUGGAGGAGUACAAAGAGCAGUUGCCUGCUGAAGAGGUCACCAAGUUGAAGGAGGAGAUCGUCAAGGUCAGGGAGACCCUGGCAAAGAAGGACGAAGUUGACCCUGAAGAGAUCAGAAAGCAAACCAGCGCCCUCCAACAGGCAUCACUGAAGCUUUUCGAAAUGGCAUACAAGAAGAUGGCCGCCGAGAGAGAAAGUGGAAGCGGUGGCGGCAGCAGCAGCUCCGAAUCUACCGAAGAAACCAAGGAGAGCAAAAAGGAGGAGAAGAAUUAAAGGGCUGCUAUAAGUGUAGUGUUGUGAGCGGUGGACAGAGUUUUGCGCGCGAGCCGCUGUUUUUUCUCUGCUUAGCUGACGCGCCAAGUUUCUCGAUGCAGCCCGGUCUGUAGUCUUUCAUUAAAGACUAGGUGCAUUGAUCGCCACACAAAGGACAUGAAUGCAUUUCCUGUUAAGGUUAUACUGUAAAUUUUACUUGCAUCGUAGAGCCCUACAAAUUAAAACGUGUUCAUUUGGUUGAAUUUCCCAGAUAAUCAAGGUCGAUAAGUGAAAUUUUAUUUUUAAUUUGUCAAAUGCAGAUACAAUAAAAACUAAUAUCCAAAUUUAAUAUAAA